CGGAGUUGCGGGUGAGGGGCGGGAUGUUUUGGGGGGCGGGGGUCCCGAUGACGGCAUCGGAGCGCGCCGCGCGGAGGCUCGGAGGCUGACUGCACCGCGGGGGGGGACUGUGCUCCCACCCAAGCAGGGCCAGGAGGAGCCCCCCCCUCCCCAGCAUGGGGCUGGAGAGCCAGAGGCUGCCAGGGGCUGAGGAGGCCCCGGUGAGGGUGGCCCUGAGAGUCCGUCCGCUGCUGCCCAAGGAGCUGCUGCAUGGGCACCAGAGCUGCGUGAGGGCGGAGCCUCAGCACAGCCACGUCACCCUUGGGCGAGACCGCCACUUUGGCUUCCACGUGGUGCUGGCUGAGGACGCCGGGCAGGAGGCCGUGUACCGGGCCUGUGUGCAGCCCCUCCUCGAGGCUUUCUUUGAGGGCUUCAAUGCCACGGUCUUUGCGUACGGUCAGACAGGCUCCGGGAAGACAUACACCAUGGGGGAGGCCAGUGUGGCGUCCCUUCAUGAGGACGAGCAGGGCAUCAUCCCACGGGCCAUGGCUGAAGCCUUCAAGCUUAUCGAUGAGAAUGACCUGCUGGACUGCCUGGUGCAUGUGUCCUACCUGGAAGUGUAUAAGGAGGAGUUCCGGGACCUGCUGGAGGUGGGCACUGCCAGCCGUGACAUCCAGCUUCGGGAGGAUGAUCGGGGAAAUGUUGUGCUGUGUGGCGUGAAGGAGGUGGACGUGGAAGGCCUGGACGAGGUGCUGAGCCUCCUGGAGAUGGGCAACGCGGCGCGGCACACGGGGGCCACACACCUCAACCGCCUGUCCAGCCGCUCACACACCGUCUUCACCGUGACCCUGGAGCAGCGGGGGCGCGCCCCCAGCCGUCUGCCCCGACCCGCCGCGGGCCAGCUGCUCGUGUCCAAGUUCCACUUCGUGGACCUGGCGGGCUCGGAGAGGGUGCUCAAGACGGGCAGCACGGGCGAGCGGCUCAAGGAGAGCAUCCAGAUCAACAGCAGCCUCCUGGCGCUGGGCAACGUCAUCAGCGCCCUGGGCGACCCCCAGCGCCGCGGCAGCCACAUCCCCUACCGGGACUCCAAGAUCACCCGGAUCCUCAAAGACUCGCUGGGCGGGAACGCCAAGACGGUGAUGAUCGCCUGCGUCAGCCCCUCCUCCUCCGACUUCGACGAGACCCUCAACACCCUCAACUACGCCAGCCGCGCCCAGAACAUCCGCAACCGCGCCACCGUCAACUGGCGGCCCGAAACGGAGCGCGCGCCCGAGGAGGCCGCGGCCGGCGCGCGGAGGCCCCCGCGCCACCGCUCGGAGACGCAUCACCUCGGUGAGGGGUUAGCAGACAGCAAGAGGCAAUAUGAGAGCCGGAUCCAAGCUCUGGAGAAGGAGCUGGGCCGCCACAUGUGGCUGAACCAGGAACUGAAGCAGAAGCUCAGUAGUUGGAGCGCUGCCGGCCCGGGCAGGGUGACAGGUGUGGAGAAGAAGACCUUGUGCCUGGAGAACAGGCCACCCCCGGGAAACGAAGAGGAGCCCCCCGCCGCACCCGAGCUUCUCUGGCAGCAGGCCCUCCCGGAUGGCGCCCCCCGCGCCCGGGACGAGGUGCGGGACUUGGUCCGGGCCCCGCUCCCGCUGACGUGGAAACGCUCAAGCCUGUGCGGUGAGGAGCAGGGCCCGGCCGAGGAGGCGCGGCUGCGGGAGGCCGCUGAGCCCCUGGCAGGGCGAGUGCAACCCGGAGGUGAGGUGGGUCUGCCCUGGAACUUCGGGCCCCUGGCCAAGGCCCGGCGGGACCUGCGCAGAGCCAGCCCGGGGAUGAUUGACGUCAGGAAAAACCCCCUGUAGGCUCGCGGGCAGAGCCUGUCCUGGGGGGACCCUCCGAGCCUGCUGCACGGUCCAGCCGCAUGCCUUUGCUUCUGGGAAGGACAGUCUUUACUUCCCACCGCAGAUCCAGGUCCCGAUCUUUACCCAAUUGGAGUCAACAAAUUCGGGCUACAGCCCAAAUGAAUUGGGACUCAAUUUUUUUUAAAUAUGCGCUCUCCUGCUCCUCAUUUCGUUUGAGCUAUGGUACCACCUUGCCGUCUUUUGGCUUGAGAGUUUGCAAAAGGCAGUUCUGGUUUCAAGCCUGCGUGUGUGCCCGGCGUUCUGGGGUUCAGCCAGUGCUGGACCCAGAACACUCAGUGGCAACAGGGUUGGGUUUUAAAUGGUCUUAUGUUUAUGGUGGGAACGGGGAAGUUUUGCCUAUUUUUAGAAUUUUGUAAAACCAUUUUAUAAUAAAUGAGACUCUCUGAAGGGAGAAAUAGGAGUUCUGACUUGGUUUGAUCUACAAGAUAAGAGAAUUCCAUCUGAGAACACGACAGGCUUGCAAGCUUUUCAGGCUCCCAGUAGGCCACUCUGCACGCCCACCCCCCCAAACAGCUGCAUCUCCCCGAGCACAGUGAGGUCAGGGCCGGGCCAGGUUUCAGGGCUGACUCGGAGACGCAGAACCAGGAACCACUAGAGCUCAGCCAGAGUGAGUCAACGUGAGGCCUCCAGGUUUAAACAGAAAGGCACUGAAUGCUACGCAGCCCGAGAGGAUUUUAUUAUGACGCGGGGAAGGUAAGAAAUUGAUUCUGCUGUUGGCCGCAGCCUUCAGCUUUGUGAGGGGCCCCUGAGGAGCCCUUUCUCCCACUGGGACUGGCCUUGGUCUCUCAGAGGCGGGGGCCGAAGGGGAGCCUGCUCUUACAAUUCCUUGUCUGCCUCCCCAGCUGAGUCAGAGCACCCGCCUCACCACCUCCCUAACAAGGGGCAGGGCUGGGAGGAAGGCACCCCCGGAGGGGGAUUAAACCCCCUAAGGGACUCCUGUGGGAAUCGGAGGGCUGACACAGUAGAGGACUGGGACCAGGCCCCCAGUACCUGUAAGCCCACGGGGACCGGGCUGACUUAUCUUUUGAGCUUCCUUGGUUUCCAGGGAGCCCUCCAGGGUGACGUAGGACAGCUUCGUCAGGCCCUGGCUCAGAUGAACUGAGUUUCUGGGGCCAGAAGUCCUCUGUGCCAGGAGCCUGGAAUUCCUGACACGUCCAGAGGAAACUGCUCUCAGAGCACUUCGUCCGGCCUGGGAAGGCAGUGGCUCUGGCCAGGCUCAGUAGUGUGUGGAGGUUUAGGUCCCCCUACCAGUGCCAGCCUAACUAGCUCAGGAGUUUCUUCCGUGUGUAAGUCCUGCUGAUGGGGCGUCUCCUGGAGAAUGCUCGGCUGAAAGGAGAUUCUUCGGCCGUCGGGGGGACCACCUCCAUCUCCUCAUCUAGAAGGCGGCAGAGGGGGCAUGCAGGAAGUGAGGACGGAACAGGAGAGAAGGGGCUUGAACGGGACAGAGGUCCCCAUGCAGGCAGCGCCUGCCGGUUCGCGUGCUGCGCUUCUUCCCAGGCUCCCCACCCUCACGUCAGCGCAGGGCUGGCGGCGGUUUGGAAAAGCCAAGUCCUGCGGUCUGAAUUCCCUCAGCUGGAUUGUGCAUUCUGCUGUUUUGCGUGAUUUAUACCCUGGUCUCGGGGGAAGGGAAUCACCGGAGGCUCCGGCCUCCUGGAUUCCCCUUCAGUUCUAGAUGUUUCUAACGCAGUGCACUGAGCACCCGCAAGCCGGUCCCUUUCCCGGGUGGGGUCGAGGAAAGGGACCCCUCAAGCCUGAAGGCCGAUCCCAGCAGCCAGUCCCUAAUCCUAACGCGUGUACGGAAGCGCAGGGGUGUAACCCCCCCGGGGGGAGAGGGGCGGGCUGCCACUGUGCCGCCGGCCACAUGCUCCUCAGGUACCAGUGACUACACCACACGGUAGGUCCCCCUCUGUCACUGCUUCCAGAAACUGCUUCAUGGCACAGGGGAGUGCUAGUGUGGUUUCUCUGGGAAGAGCACAGGACACCGGAGGGACAAAGUCCGCUGUCCCGGAUCGGGCACGCCCUCCGACUCCGCCAUCCCACCGCCUGGCCACCCUGAGCGAGCUCUGGGGAGUCACC